UUACUCUAUUUCUGCUCCAGGUGAUUUGUUGAUGGCACAACAGUAUUUCUGUGUUUGAGUUUCAGAUACAAAUAGAGAAAAGUGUAUACAAGUCACGUUUUAUAAAUAUGCAGACUUACUCAAAAAGAGAAGUGCUUGCAGCAUUAACUUAAGUUUCUAUUAGCAUCAGAACUCUCUUGGAUAGUUAAAACAGAAGAAAGCAUGUCAUAAGGUAAACAUGUUUUACACUAAUGGUUCAGAAAGGAAACCUAGCCACAAAGUGUCUUGUUUUGAAACCUGCCUCUGCCUUGAAUAAAAAAAUGAAUACAUUGUCCAUACCUUUGGGAUAAAUUUGGAUAUGCCAAUCAAUUUAUUGUCCAUUCGGCAUAUUGCAAACAACCAAAAAAUAAACUUUAACAAACGUAACUUAGUCUUCAUAAACAAAAUAUUUUACAUUCCAGACAAACUGUUACGAGUCCUGCUUAACACAGCACGGCAUGGUCAAAACAUUUGUUUUACUUUUCAUUGUGCACCCUGUCUCUAAUCAUUACCUCACCUAAAUACACUCAAAAUAAUAACAAAUUACAACUCUGUAUAAUAGCUCCAACAUAGUUUCUACAAAAAGAAGACAUUUUCUGUGUGUAUCAUAUAAUGACAUUCUGGUCUCAAGAAAUGCCUUGGGUCAUUUCUUUAAAGUCAGUCAAAGGGAUUUGAUGUGCUACGAGACCAAAAGUGAAAGUCUGAUUACAUAUAAAAUAAUAGCACAUCUCCUCAACAAAAAAUAUUACUUUUUAUGUCUUAUAUUCAAAACCUCAAUCCUACUUGACCAAUAAUCAUUUGUUGUGUAUUUAAACCUUUUAGAGCACCACAUAUUGUGUGCUCUAAAAGAGUAUUAUGCAAUAAUAGGGUAAUGAUUAUCUACCAUUUGGCAGGCUACUGGAUCUGGAAAAGAGUAGGCUAAUUGAGAUUGAAAUGAAAUAAAAAUGGUUAACAGAUACCCAUCCAUUGCCACAUUACAACUUCCUCUGGCUGACCUCUGCUACCCAACUGUGUUACCACGUACGUUUGACCAUAAAUUCAAACACGGGCGCUUUAAAUAGUUACCGCCUCAAAGUCCCGGUUCCAGGCCUGUAGCCAUUGGCUCGACGUUUUAGUUAGGAAGUUUUAAUUGGAUGCUGAGCUGACAUUUAAAAAAUCCGGAACUAAGCAGCUGUAAACAACCGCGGAGUGUUCUUUGUAGAAACUAUAUAUAUUUUUAGAUCGAUUCAACAUGCCGACCUCCCCUGUGAAGACACGUAUUCCGCUGACAAGUUUUGGUCAUCUUAUUAGCGAAGUCAAGAGACAGCUCUUUGGGAUUGAUGCACCGACCCCAACAGAACUGACAGGAUGGAGGAAACAUUUUAACAGCUACACAUUAUGAGGACGCAGGAAUUUUGUUCUUGCCACAUAUGGUGUUUUUGCACUCACGGCUGCCGUCUACAUGAUGAGACACAGCAGGAAGGAGGAACAUGAAACAGCAUCUGCCUCAUCAUAAACUACAAAUAGAAAUAGUUAAAGGGGGUUAAGAAUACAAUAAAUUAUUCUGCAUCACUACAUGAGUGGACCGUGGUUAAUGAAGCUCGUGUUUCUGCAUGUAACUGGUCAGAUGUUUAAUUUUUCUAUCAUGUACACGAUUGUCAUUUAAAAAAAUAUUAAAAGUCCCAAUAAAAUGGGAGCAGUGACAGAACUGUUCCUCUAUACUGUGCUGUACAUCCGAGUGCAACUUGGUUGUAUGCAUCAAGUGUUAAUUGAAUGUUGAAAUAUAAAUGUUGGUUGCACUCAUAAGUGAAUGAAGAUGAACAUGAGUUUGAAGGACAAGAUUUACGCGGAUGAAGUCCUGCUUUCGUCACCGAGAGAAAAGUCUAUCGCUUGGGAACAAUACUUCCAUGUUUGAUGUGUGGUAAACAAUAAAACCUAUAACAUCCAUUUCGCAUAUAAUUUCAUGCAGACUAUAAUGUUUUUUAAUCUUGUUGUAGUUGUUUUAAGUCUCUGGUGGUUUGCCAGUAGAGUGCAGUGUAAGCUUAUUACCAAGUACAUUUCUUGGAACCCGUUUGCAUGGUCUGUUCUAAAGGCAAAUUUUGUGGUUAUUUUAACAGCUGUUGGUUUUAGGUUAGUGAAACUAGCUGGUCAGAUAGGGAUGUUUUCCUGUAAAAUGAAAUGUUUAGAAAUGAUUUCAGAAAUAACAGUGCUGUUGUAAUGUGUUUUUUUUUUUCCUUUUAUCCUGCUUUUUGUUUCAGGAUGAUCAUGCCAGUUCAUCGUAAUCAGAUAUUUACACCUACUUAUGACACGAUCUAUACCUAGGUCAGCUAAAGUGAAACUGAAAUGAAAAAGCAGCUGUGUGCACCAAUGGUGGGAUGUGGUAAAUCUUUUUUUUUUUCCUAUGAAGUUACAGCAGUAUCCUACUCAACUGCAAAAUUUUAGGUGAUUGUGCAAGCAGUUGAUGUCAGUUGCAUAAGAUCUCUGGUAUUUUGGGGCUCAUCUCAUCCUUUUAAAGGUCCUUCAGGUGAAAAUACAACUGGAUUCAUCUGCAGUACAGUGCAAGGCGGCACAUAAUCAUUCAUCUAUGAUUUAGGACCAUGGAGGAAUGGUAUGAGUGGGCCCUGAUUCAGAAUGGUCCAGCACAAUGACACUGACCAUGCAGAUGCGCAACAGGGCCCAUCCAAGCCGGCCGAGUCCCCUAAACCCUGUACUGUCCCACCGACACACUUUCACCCCUUUCGGGACCAGCAGGAAUGUGACCUCAUCACCCAGUCUGUGGAAUACUUGAACCACAGUGGAUUUUACUGGGGUCCCUUGGAAGUAGAUGAAGCCCACGCUCGACUUGCCAAACUUCCUCUCGGGACAUUCCUGAUUCGGGACAGCAUGCAAGCAAAUGUUUUCUUCACUCUCAGCUAUCAGUCUCCCGAGGGCCCGACCAGUGUGAGGGUGCUCCUGAAGGAUGGGGGAUUCAGCUUAGCGGGCAGUAAACAUACUUUCACUUGCCUUUUUGACUUACUAGGAUACUAUAUUGCAUCCCCCAAAAAGAGUCUGAGUAUGCCGUAUCGUGGAGAAAUGCCGCAGAGCUUGCAAGAACUGGCGAGAAGAGCUGUGGUGGGGAGCUUUGGGAAAGAUAGUAUUCAACAUCUUCCUGUGAGCAAGAAACUUAAAGAAUUUCUGUGGUUGUACCCUUUUAGUAUAUGAAUGUGUAUAGUUCAUAUGAAGAUGUUACAGAUGUUGCAGCUCUAUAACAAAGUACGAUUUAUUGGAAACAAUGCAUUUCAUAUGGCGGGGUCACAUUAGCAAUUUCACUGGGCAAAAACAUGUUCUUUGUUCAUUGUCAAUAAUGCCGAUUUUGCUUAUUACAAUUAUUACAAACAACCUGAACACAACUUUACGGUGGUUGUGCAAAAAACUCAAUUCAUGCUGAUUUCUUUUUAAUGACAAUGUGACCAUGCCUAUAUGAUUCUGUGCUCUUCAUUGACCCAACUAGAACAUGUACUGUAUUUAUGUGUAGUGAUUGUUUGGAUUAUUUUACGAUAUUAACAAUGCACUACAAAACAUUUUUAUUAUAAUAAUUUGUUCAAUGCGCAGUAAGAACAGGGCAACACCACCACAAGCCUUCAAUUGCUUUACAGCAAUUCUUCUGGUACUGGGCCAGUGCAAAGUUUAAAUAUUUGUAAAAUGACAGAAUUAACUAUUCAGUUACCUUUACAUAGUAUUGUCUGUCUUUAUAUAUGAAUGUAAACCACUGACCACAACGCACUGGUGAUGUCAUUAUCAGUAUGAACGGUUGAAUUAUUUUGAUGUAUUGGUACAUAUGUGUAGGCUAUAUAAUCUGCUAUGCAGAAAUAUGCAUUUCACCUAUAGUGAGGCAAGGGUUUCAUUUGUUUAGGAUUGCUUUUUAUUAUUAAAGAUAAAUUAUUUGAGGUGAUUUGAAGUGGAUUUUGCUGUCAUCUCUCUAUGACGAUUUCUCUUUCAUUUCUUUUGUUCUAACGGAUAAGUUUCUUGUAAUGUGGCCCAACCCUAAAAAGAAUCAGUAACCUCUCUCAUACAGACUUUACAGAAACGGCCCCAUCUAGGGGAAAAUAUGAGUUCUAUAUGCAUCAGCCUACAUCGGAAAUGUGUUAAGCAAUACAUUUUUCUCUCUCCUCAUUUUACACUUAUACAAAAGUAUGACUAUUUAUUAAAAUGAUCUGAUUUUGAAAUUUG